CGCCCCGGAGCCCGGCUCCCCGGGCGGGGGGCCUCUCGUAGCAGCGGCUGCCUGUCCCCUCCGCGCCGCCUUCGAUGCCGAGGAUGGCGAGGCACUUAACGGCGAGCCUGAGAUCGACCUCACCAGUAAGAGGGCACAGGAGGACGCCAAGGGCUGUGUCACUGAUUCUUGACAGCCAGGAACCUGACCAAAACUCUUGACGAAGAGAGAGGAAUGUGUUUCUCCCACAGUCUCCAUUUGUGUUGUCAGCCUGUCUCCCAUUCCUAGAAAUCUGCAGGCACUAUGGAAGCUAUAGGAAAUCUGAGGUUUCUAGACCCCACAUGGCUCCUACUGUUAACUGCUCAAUGCCUGGCAAAGUGGAAGGAACAAAAAUGGAAAUAUUUGACUUUGUGAAAACCUCUGAAAAACACAGCUAUGUAGUGCAAACGUGGAGGGGAUUGCUCAAAGCUAAAAAGCAGAGAGGCCAAGAUGGAGGGCCUCUCUUUGACCAAAGAGAUGGCAAAGAACAGGCUCCCUGUGUCCAGGAAGCUAGCUGAAGAGAUCUUCAAAACAAUAAAGUCUUGCAGUGACCUAGGAAACGGCAGAACUGGCUGUGGGUGCAGAAGCCAUUAGAAACACUGAACAGCACUUGAAGGUGUGAUCCAUGAAAGCUGCUAUUUUUUCCACACAUCCUUCUCUUGACAUCCCACUACACUGCAUCAUCUGUAAGCUUCAUCGGUCCUAGGCUGGUGAUGGUGAGUCCAACUUCAGAGCAAUAUGACAGUUUGCUCCGACAGAUGUCAGAGAGAAUUGAUGAGGGAUGUGGGGAGACCAUCUAUGUCAUCGGUCAAGGAUCAGAUGGGACUGAAUAUGGUCUGAGCGAGGCAGACAUGGAAGCAUCCUAUGCCACAUUGAAGAGCAUGGCAGAGCAGAUCGAGGCAGACGUGAUCCUCCUGCGGGAGCACCAGGAAGCAGGGGGAAAGGUGCGCGACUACCUGGUUCGGAAACGUGUGGGUGACAACGACUUCCUGGAGGUCAGGGUAGCAGUGGUUGGCAAUGUGGAUGCAGGAAAAAGCACAUUGCUAGGUGUCUUGACGCACGGUGAACUAGACAAUGGCCGAGGCUUUGCUCGGCAAAAACUGUUCCGCCAUAAGCAUGAGAUUGAAUCAGGACGCACCAGCAGUGUGGGCAACGACAUUCUGGGCUUCGACAGUGAGGGCAACGUGGUGAACAAGCCUGACAGCCAUGGUGGCAGCUUGGAAUGGACAAAGAUCUGUGAGAAAUCCACCAAGGUCAUUACUUUCAUUGACCUGGCUGGUCACGAAAAGUACCUGAAAACCACCGUGUUUGGCAUGACUGGCCAUUUACCUGACUUCUGCAUGCUUAUGGUUGGCAGUAAUGCUGGAAUUGUUGGAAUGACCAAGGAGCACUUGGGCCUGGCACUUGCACUUAAUGUUCCCGUCUUUGUUGUAGUGACCAAGAUUGACAUGUGCCCUGCCAACAUUCUGCAAGAAACCCUGAAGCUGUUACAGCGACUGCUGAAGUCCCCAGGGUGCAGGAAGAUUCCCGUGCUGGUUCAGAGCAAGGAUGAUGUCAUUGUAACAGCCUCCAACUUCAGCUCAGAGAGGAUGUGCCCCAUUUUCCAGAUUUCCAAUGUCACCGGGGAGAACCUAGAUUUACUGAAGAUGUUUCUGAAUCUUUUGUCUCCACGGACUAGUUACAGGGAAGAAGAGCCAGCAGAAUUCCAGAUAGAUGAUACUUACUCUGUCCCGGGUGUAGGAACAGUGGUGUCUGGGACAACACUGAGAGGCCUCAUCAAGCUAAAUGACACCCUGCUGCUGGGGCCAGAUCCCCUUGGCAACUUCCUACCUAUUGCUGUCAAGUCCAUCCACCGCAAGAGAAUGCCCGUCAAAGAAGUGCGGGGAGGCCAGACUGCCUCCUUUGCUUUGAAAAAGAUCAAGCGUUCUUCCAUCCGGAAAGGCAUGGUAAUGGUGUCACCCCGCCUGAAUCCACAAGCAUCAUGGGAGUUUGAAGCAGAGAUUCUGGUGCUCCAUCAUCCCACCACCAUCAGCCCACGGUAUCAAGCCAUGGUACAUUGUGGCAGCAUCCGUCAGACAGCCACGAUUCUCAGCAUGGACAAGGACUGCCUGAGGACAGGGGACAAAGCCACGGUGCACUUCCGCUUCAUCAAAACCCCGGAAUACCUACACAUAGACCAGCGGCUGGUCUUCCGUGAAGGCCGCACCAAAGCUGUGGGUACCAUCACUAAGUUACUCCAAACCACCAAUAACUCCCCAAUGAACUCCAAGCCACAGCAGAUCAAGAUGCAGUCAACCAAGAAAGGAGCCGUUACAAAACGAGAGGAUGGUGUUCCCCCAGCUGGGACAGCGUCUGGGGGCCCACCAGCUGGGGAUGAGGCCCCCACAACAGCCGCAGCACCACUGACACCUACCCUUCAGCCAUUGUCAAAAGUCGGAGGAGGAGGACGGCGACGUGGAGGUCAGCGCCAUAAAGUGAAGUCUCAGGGAGCCUGUGUGACUCCUGCCAGUGGCUGCUGAAAUUUCUUACUCCUCCCUCUGAGGAAUUCCUCCCCUUCCCUUCAUCUCUUAUCCAAAAGAUCGAGAGCAGCUUAAACCAAAACCCAUCCAGCUGAUUGGCUGCAGAAGAAUCGUCCCUCCUCUUUGAAGGAAGCAAUGGAGAGGAGAAUAAUUUAUAAGCUAAUGAAGGUGAUGAGACACACAGAACUGAGUAACUGACACCUUCCUCCUCCCCCUAUUGACACAUUUUUGUACAUCAUGGGCUUAGUUUUUAUUCUUAGUUUUUAUUAUAUUUUGUGUGCAUGAAGAUGAGAGGAGAGUCUGGAUAGAACUGCGAAGAGCCAGUUAGCUGCCUCUCUCCUCCCUCACCCCAUUCUGUCCACAGGACUUGCUGCUCUCCUCCUCUUUGCUGUCUCAGAUCCAGGGGUUAUCAGAGGCUGGAAAUUUCAGACUUGCGAAGGUUAGAACUUGUUGCUUAGGAUGGCUCCACAGGGCAUUGUUUCCUCACCAUUGAGGCCCCGUGCCAAAUUUCUGCAUUCUGUUUCUAAGUGAGUUUAAUAUAAUGUAGUAACUGAAGUUUGAAGGAGAUAGUAAGAAUCUGACAGGGAAACAAAUUGGAAAGCAGUUCUUGAUGUCGAGGAAUCCUGUACUGAAAAACCUUCUCAAAUACAUUAAUAGCACUUAAGAUUUUAUUUAGAGACAGAAUUAGAUGGGCAGGCAUUUGCCCAUCCUGUUCCCCUUCCCAUCAUGCUGCUUUUUCUCAUUGUUUGCUCAGUGCACAUUGGAUUAAAUCAAAGCUGCCUCUCAAGGCUGCAGCAGCUGAUAGUAUUAAGAAUAUAUUGUAGGAACAUGUGCUCUGUCUCUAGAGCCAGAGAAAGCCACCUCACCUCGAUGGACAGAGAUCACAGGUGGUUACACACCUUUAGAACAGAGACACCAGGCAAACGUGACCUCCCCUUGAUUUUGUUUACUCCAAUAUUUCCUAAAUCUUGUCUGGAACUCACUGGCUAAACUUUGCCAUGACAGCGGUAGGAUUUGUCUUCUCCCCUCUUGGCUGAAGAGGGCAAUGGUGGAUUGGUACCAAACUUACUGAAGUGCUUUCAGGUUUGGAGGUACAUGGUAAUUUUUCUUUUUUCUUUUUUUUUUUUUACAAAACAAAAAGAAAAGAUUGUAUGUUCGUUUUUUUUAAAUGACAAAUUCUGGCUUUUCUAGGAAGGCCCUGCAAGGACGGUCUUUGAAUUGACUUCAUUGUUACGAUGUUCGUUAACCCUGGGUUGUGCACGUGAUCCAUUCCCUGUUUAUUUAGAUCUCUCUUCUAACCCUGCCUCUUCACUUGGCUCCUGCAAGGACAGUUCUCCUCUGCCAGCUUGUGGUGAGCUGUGGAAGUGUGGGAGCAUUUUGAGGGAGGAGGUGGCAUCCUCAGCAAACCCUUGCUCUCCCCAGCCAGUGCGAUCAGCCUCGGUUUGUUUGAGGGCUUCCUCCUCCAGUGAAGGAUUCUGUUCUAAUUAGAGGGUGACUGCAAGGUGUCUGUUCCUCCUUAGUGGAUUGUUCCUGUUUCUCAUUCUGUGGCACCUGCGUGGAGUUCAUUCCAGUUCACCUUGUGAUUUGAGGUAGGCUUUCAAGCUGACUGCGCAACAGGAAGGGAGAUCACAUCUCCCAAUGCCAGCACCAGCACUCCAAGAGCAUUAAGUGGCAUGGGAGAGGUGAAGAUCGUGGUUUGGAGAUGAGGGUACUUUGCCUUAGGGACUGCAGUGGCUUGAGCGUGCUGGAAGGGGAGGUCAGUCAGUCCUUUCUGAGCUAUGUGCCUAAAUACCAGCACUCUCCUGGCGAGGGAGGAACUAUAGGCAGCUACAACACUAACAGCACCCGCAUUGAGAGGGGGUGUGAAGUGUUGCCAAGCAAAGCACGAGGGCCUGGUUGGGUUGUGUUCUGGCCCUGUAGCAGCAUCGAACUGCAUCUGAUUUCACUGCCCUCUGCGUCUGAGUGGAGCAGGGAUCGCAAGGCGGUUUUCUCUUUCUCCAUUCCUUGUGCUCCAAAUGAAAGAGACUGCCAAGACAGGAAGAGGAUUUACUUCAGUUUGUGCAAAGGAGGUGGUGUGAUCUCUCUUUUGUGACCAGCAUUUAAAGAUCACUCAGGCUGGUGUGAUCUAUAAAAUAAAUUUUAAAGAAGUUUGUUCCAAGU